CACCCACCCAACGAACACUGCGCAACCCGAGGCUUCGCACAGUGGACGACGCUGGCUGGCUGGCUGGCUAGCCUCGCGUUGCGUUGCGUGUUGUCAGCUCUGCUACGGGCGGUUACUAGCUGCUGCCCCACUCUCCCCCCAAAGAGAGAGAAAGCAGGCACGAGACCACCGGUCUCCGUUCCAUUCUCUCUCUCUCUCCCCCAUUCGUCAUUUCUCUUCCAGCUCGUUCUCCAUUCCUCCCGAGCGCGGCGCCCCGCAAACCAGCCAAAGCUAAGAGAGUUAGAGAGGAGGGGAGGGGAGGGUGUGUUCUGGUUCUUGGGUGUGACGUGACGCGGCGGGACGCUCUCUUCACUGACCGGACCUGCUGCAGACUAAGAUCAUAGGUAGGCUUGCAGUCGUUGCAGCGGCGGAGCAAGCACGCUACCGCUGCCUGGCACGGGCGGCGUGCUGUGGGCGGAAGGGGGACUCGAGUCUCGAGACCCUGCGCGCCUUUCCCGAUUCCUUCUUCCUCCCGUGCGGCCGCUGCAAAGGGGGAGGAGGAGCUGAGCGGAGGAAGGGUUGAUUGAUUCCCAGGCCCACGGAUUUCUUCCAAGAGAGUAAUGCGCGCAAGGAAUUACAGCAAUGGCGUCAUUGGUACCUGGUGUCCUUGUCAAACUCCUUCAGCAUAUGAAUACGGAUGUUAAAGUCGCAGGCGAGCAUCGUUCGUCCCUUCUUCAGGUUGUCAGCAUUGUACCAGCACUUUCUGGGAGUGAUCUUUUCACCAAUCAAGGGUUUUACCUCAAGGUGUCUGAUUCUUCUCAUGCCACAUAUGUUUCGCUUCCUGAGGAACAGCAUGAUCUCAUCUUGAGUGACAAGAUUCAGUUAGGGCAGUUCAUCCAUGUAGAUCGCCUUGAGGCAGCCACUCCGGUGCCCAUCCUUUGGGGAGUUCGACCAGUUCCUGGCCGCCAUGCUUGUGUUGGCAACCCUGAGGACCUUGUAUUAACUAGCUCUUCGAAUGGUAUUGGCAGCAAGAAGGCGCAGUCAACCAAUGGUUUGAAAACAACCAAUGGAUUGAAAGAUGCUGGCAUCUUGUCACUAGAAAAGGAAAAGAGCAAGUUAGACAAAAUAAAUGCUCCCCACAAAACCAUCGGGACAGAAAAUAAGAAACCACUGCUGACCAAAUCAAAAUCUUCAUUGUCGAAACAGGCUUUGAAUGGGGUUAGUGAUAAGAAGGAAGCAGUUAAAUCGAAGACAAAACCUGCUAGUAUUAGAUCAACACCUUCAUCUCCAACCAGUGUCUAUUCUCUACCUGCAACAUUUGAUAGGUUCUCUAGUGAUCUCAGACAGAGGCGUGGUGUAAAAGGGCCAGAGAAAGCAUCAUCUUCUAGGCCCUCCUUGUUAGAAAGGGCAGCUUCUGUUUUGAAAGUUACUGCUGCUGGGAGGAAGUCCUCUGCAGGUAAUUCAAUCAGUAGCUCUGUGUUGGGUAUUGGAUCAGGACCAAAGGCUUUGAGAAGAAGCUGGGAAGGAACUGUAGAUACAAAAGGGAAAAACGAUUCAGAUUCAAAGACAACCAAAGCAGACAAGAAGUCAGAGCACAGGAGUACAAUGACUCCUAGAAGAAAGCCACAGGUGGACGAGAAGGCCUCACAUAAAGAUGAUAUUAAGAUUCCUAACCCUGCUAGGAAGAGCACAGCAAGUGCUCCUGCACCUUCAGUAGAUGCUGACAAAGCAAUGAAGAAGCAUCCUCCUACUGUAAAAAGGACAUCUGGGGUUUUAAGCAAUCCAAAUGUUACAAAUUUGGUUAAGAUCCCCCCCAACGGCAAAAAACUGACAGAUGCUAGCAAUUCAUGGACAUCACUUCCUCCGCCACUUGCCAAAUUAGGAAGGGAGCUUCUGAAGUACAGAGAAUCAGCACAGGUGGCUGCUGUUGAAGCCAUGCAGGAAGCUUCUGCGGCAGAAAGCCUGCUCAGAUGUUUGAGCUCGUACGCGGAGGUGAGUUCAGCGGCGGAGGAGCAGAACCCGCAGCCAACCGUUGAGCUGUUCCUCGCCCUCCACGGUGCGCUUUCCCGCGCCACUGUGAUCACUGACACCCUCAGCAAGCCCGCAGCCUCGCCGGAAUGCUCAACGGCUAGCGACGCAGGGACGGUGGUCUCUGCCACGGAUGAAGAGACUGCUGCCGUGGCGGCAGAGCGGCGGCGCCGAGCUACAUCCUGGGUGAGCGCCGCGCUCGCCACGGACCUCUCCAGCUUCGGGCUCUACAACCUCAAGCCGGUCCCGGCCACGGUAUCUUCGCCGCUGGCCGUGGUCAUCGUUGAUGAGUCGGUGAAGCCGGCUGCGGCGUCCCCCAACGCGGUGAAGUCUUCUCCCUCGGCGAAGUCGCGGAUGUCCCCUGCAAAGGGGAAACCGAGGACGGGGCCGGGAGCUACGGCAGCGGCGGCGUCGCAGCCCCCGCCGGAGUGGGAGAGGGGAGGAGGCGCGGAGGAAAGAGGCCAGCUGGCUCGGCGGCUCGGGGAGGAGUCCCGGGGGUGGUUCCUCGGGUUCGUGGAGCGGUUCCUGGACGCCGACGUGACGGCAGCGGCGCCGUGGGACCGCGAGCGCGCGGCCAGGAUGCUCCCGCAGCUGAAGCGCGUCAAUGACUGGCUGGGCGAGAUCGGGGCGCCUCCUCCGGACGCGGACGGGGAGGCCGCGGUUGCCUCGGCCAACGGCGGUGGCUGCGGCGUGCCCGAGGAGACGAUCGAGCGGCUGAGGAAGAAGAUCUACGAGUUCCUCCUCACAAACGUCGACUCGGCCGCGGCGGUGCUCGGCGGCGGGGCGGCGCCCGCGCCGGCGAACGGGAAGAAGGGGUGACGUGGUGGGUGGGUCAAUACAUCGACGCGAGGACCGAGGGGCCCAAUUGGCCCUCGUCCUUGCGCCAGCUUGCGAUUUGAUUGGGCUUGGUUUGCUAAUGUAGCAUGUAGGGCUUUUGUUGGGCUUUGGAUGGUUAACCCUGUCUCUUUUUUUCCUCUCGAAAGGUCAUAGAAAAAUGGUGAUUGACGUAUUGGCCUGUAUUUAUUGCUGAUGUUGAUUGGGUAACUUAAAAUCUGAUUUGCGAGCGAUGUUGUUCGAUUGGAUAGCCUCUCCGAUUUUUCGAGGCGGGAAAGUGAUUUGUGCUUAAAUAUCAUCAGCUGGUUGUAAAUUUGAUGUAAUUUUUGUUACUACCUGUCUGUUGGAGAA